AUGGACACACCAACGGAAAACAAUGAGACUAUGGCUGGCAGUGCUACAAAUGUACCUAAUGAUAAACCCUUCUCUAGGACAACCGAGCCAUCAAGUACAAUCUCAAGCGACACCCACGACAAUAAGAAGAAAUAUAGCGUGAUCGCACACACUACUGAAGAGAUAAUAGCUUCUGCAUAUCCCGAUACAUCUACCCAAGACACGCACAUAACACAGUCAAACAGAUUUGUAGAAAUGACCGAGUCGCAGCCGCCGUCAUUCACACCGCAUGAGCUGACCGGUGCGCCUAAGAGCAAGGGGCUGAGCUCAGCAUUUGCAGCAACACCUGUUCGUGUGCAGAAGAAACACAGUGGGUAUGUGUUCGUGCGGCCUACGCCAUUGGAUCCAAACAAACUUGCAGGCGGUAUGGAUUCAGCACAAGCACUGCUGUCAAAACCUCAGCUCGAGACGGAAAAUAUAGACAGUAAUGCGCGUUAUUCAGGGCGGAAUGAGAUGGAUGUAGGUGCACAUAGUAUCAAGAUGUCUGGCGGCAAAGUGAGCGCAGCACCUGCAUUCACCCCAGUAAAGAUGCAUGCCAAAACCGUGAACACUGUUCUGAAGCCCAGUCUUGGGGCUAUGUUUGCGAAACAGGCGAAGCAUGCGAGUGGAAGUAGCGGUGCCAGCACAACUACGGCUAUCUCACCCGGAGACAGUACCAUGCACUCGAACACAAAAACGAACGUAAACCCCAGUACAAACACGCACGCAAGUGCGUAUAAGCAACCUGCACCAAAAGGGUACAGGCAACAGCACCAGCAGACAGAUGAACAACAGAAUGAGCUCAGGCCAGCGUCAUCCACAAAG